AUGUCGAUUCUUAAAAGUGAUGCGAUUGAUGGGCUGGUGGUUUCCAGUGAUUCUUGUGCCCUGAAACGUGAGAAAAUUAUUAUUGAUACUGAUCCUGGGAUUGAUGAUAGCAUGGCAGUAUUAAUGGCAUUCCAGUCACACCAUUUAGAGAUAUUAGGAUUGACAACAAUAUUUGGUAAUGUUUCUACAGAAGAUGCUACACGCAAUGCCUUGCUUCUUUGCGAGAUUGCUGGAUAUCCAGAUGUUCCUGUGGCAGAGGGUAGUGCUGAAGCUUUAAAGAGAGGAAAGCCACAUAUUGCAGACUUUGUGCAUGGCUCAGAUGGACUGGGGAACAUCUCAUUACCACCUCCGAAAUCCCAGAAACUCGAGAAAACUGCAUCUGAAUUUUUGGUCGAUAAAGUUUCAGAGUAUCCUGGUGAAGUGUCCAUAUUAGCAUUGGGGCCUUUGACAAAUUUGGCUCUGGCUGUUAAGAGAGACUCGUCCUUUGCAAGAAAGGUGAAAAGAGUUGUGGUACUUGGUGGGGCAUUCUUUGCAUUGGGAAAUGUUAAUCCUGCUGCUGAAGCAAAUAUCUAUGGGGAUCCAGAAGCAGCUGAUAUUGUGCUCACUUCUGGGGCAAAUAUUGAUGUUGUUGGAAUAAAUAUUACGACGCAAGUGAUGCUGACAGAUGCAGACCUAGACGAGCUAAGGCAAUCGAAAGGAAGGCAUGCAGAAUUUUUAUGCAAUAUAUGUAAAUUUUACCGGGACUGGCAUGUAAAAUCUGAUGGCGUCCAUGGAAUUUUCCUCCACGACCCUGUCAGUUUUGUGCUAUUAGUCCGGCCCGAUCUCUUUUCGUACAAGAAAGGAGUUGUAAGGGUUGAAACACAGGGGAUUUGUGUAGGACAUACAAUAAUGGAUCCAGGAUCAAAGAAAUGGAAUUCAAGCAACCCGUGGUCGGACUUUUCCCCUGUUUCGGUAGCAUGGACGGUUAAUGUGGCAGAAGUCUUGAAUUAUAUUAAGAAGUUGAUGAUGAAACCCUGA